AUGUUCCCGAAAAACGUCUGUCCAACUACAUGUGCCGUAUGCGGGGAUUCGGCCUCCGGAUACCAUUAUGAGGUCCCCUCGUGCAAUGGUUGCAAAACGUUUUUUCGACGUACCGUACUUUCUCAACGUAAAUACGAGUGCAAGAAAGGAGGUCGAUGCUUCGCGUCCCUACCGAAAGGU